GCCUCUACGUCGUCCCAUUCGUUUAGUCUCAUCUGCUUCCUCAAUCUUCGUCUCGAGUUGAAAAUGCGUGAAGUCAUCUCCGUUCAUGUUGGUCAGGCUGGUGUUCAGAUCGGCAAUGCCUGCUGGGAACUUUACACCGUCGAGCACGGUCUGAGCCCUGACGGCCGUUUGGUCGAUGCUCCAUCCUCCCACAGUGCUGAUGGCUUCAGCACUUUCUUCUCCGAGACGUCGUCGGGCAAGUAUGUGCCCCGAUCACUCUACAUCGAUCUCGAGCCGAACGUCAUCGAUGAGGUUCGCAACGGGACGUACCGAAGUCUCUUCCACCCCGAGACCAUGAUCACUGGCAAAGAGGAUGCGGCCAGCAACUAUGCUCGCGGUCACUAUACCAUCGGGAAGGAACAGAUUGAUGUCGUUAUGGACAAGCUCCGUCGCUUGGCCGACAACUGCAGUGGCUUGCAGGGCUUCUUUGUCUUCCAUUCGUUCGGCGGUGGAACUGGCUCAGGUCUUGGUGCGCUUAUCCUUGAGCGCCUUUCCACCGACUACGGCAAGAAGUCCAAGCUCGAGUUCAGUGUAUACCCCGCACCUACACUCGCGAAUUCCGUUGUCGAGCCGUACAACUCCGUUCUCACGACGCACACGACGCUCGAGCAUUCCGACUGCUCGUUCAUGGUUGACAACGAAGCUAUCUACGAUAUCUGCAAGAAGAGCCUGAACAUCUCUUCGCCAAGCUUCACCAACCUGAAUCGACUCAUCGCUCAAGUUGUCUCGUCAAUCACGGCUUCUCUUCGUUUCGACGGCUCUCUGAAUGUUGACCUUAACGAAUUCCAGACGAACCUUGUACCCUUCCCUCGCAUCCAUUUCCCUCUUGCUACCUUCGCACCCAUUCUCUCAGCGGAGAAGGCUCACCACGAGCAGAACUCUGUUGCGGACAUGACCUUUUCGUGCUUCGAGACUGGCAACCAAAUGGUGAAGUGCGACCCUCGUGAGGGCAAGUACAUGGCUUGCGCUCUGUUGUACCGUGGUGAUGUCGUUCCCAAGGACGUCAACGCUGCCGUUGCCAUCAUCAAGACAAAGCGGACCAUUCAAUUUGUUGACUGGUGCCCUACCGGCUUCAAGCUCGGUAUAUGCAACGAGGCGCCUGCUCACAUUCCUGGUGGCGACCUUGCCAAGGUUUCGCGGAGCAUGUGCAUGCUCUCUAACACGACUGCUAUUUCGAGUGCAUGGAGUCGACUUGACCACAAGUUCGACCUUUUGUACUCGAAACGUGCGUUUGUGCACUGGUACGUCGGUGAGGGCAUGGAGGAGGGUGAGUUCUCCGAGGCUCGUGAGGAUCUUGCCGCUCUCGAAAAGGACUACGAGGAGGUCGGCAUCGACUCUGCGGAUGUUGAGGAGGCUGGCGAAUACUGAGUGUAUCGCUGUCUUGUUGGCUGCCUAUCGUACUUUCGUGGUUUCAGUAUCGUUAACUUCCUCUGGUCUUUCAUUGUUUGGCCUCACGACCUGCCUAAUCAUGUUUUUUCUUCAUUCGUCUUAACGACUUUCACGUCAUGGAUAUCCCACUGUUUUUCUUUACCCCACUGCAAUCAUUCCCUUGCCUCUUUACAAUAAUUAUAUCGCAUACCACUGCAAUGUGACGUUCGAGAUGUUCUUGUCAUGGAUUGUUCGUGUCCCGACAAUGAAGCGUUUUUCAGUUCGAACC